AUGCCCGGGCGCUUGGUGCGGUCCCAAUCGGGGCCUCAUGCGGGGUCCUGGCUCACUGCCAUACCAGCCGAGCCAGCCACGACGCUUGCGCCCCAGGCCAUGCAACUCGCGCUCCGCCGCCGCCUGCGCAUGCCACUCCCCCUCUGCCACGGCAGGUGCGGCCCGGCACCCGGCUGUGGGGCGCAAAUCGACCGCCUCGGCGACCACGCGCUCGCUUGCCCGCGAACCGGCCUGCUCGCCCGACGCGCCAAGGUCGUCGAGCGAGCGUGGGUCCGCGUUGCGCGCGAAGCCGUCGGUGCCGAAGGGCAGGUGGUGCCACAACAAUGGCUCGUGCACACCACGGCGCCUGGAGUGCGCGCGGAGGACAGACGCCGCCUAGACGUGGUCAUCUACGGCGCGAUGCCUAACGGAUCCGCGCUAUGCUGCGAUGCGACGCUGGUAUCGCCACUUACACGCACGGCGCAACCACAGCCAUGCACGGCCGACGUCGACGGCGCCGCCCUGCGGGCAGCGGAGCGACGCAAGGCGGCCACCUACCCGGAGCUCCGGCGCCAAGGGCCGCAGAAGCUCCUGGUGCUUGGCAGCGAGGUCGGAGGGCGCUUCAACAGCGACGCGCAGCAACUGGUGCGAGACCUGGUCCGACUGCGGUCCUACAGAGCGCCGCCAGCCCUGCGCGCCGCCGCGUCUUCCGGCUGGACGCGUCGCUGGUGGGGCAUGCUGUCUGUCGCAGUGCAGCAGGCAGUCGCAAGCACUGCCCUUGGGCAGCCAUGGCCCCAACCGCCGGAAGCCACCAGCAUUGCGGGUCCGCCGCUCGACCGCGUUCUCGACCUCGCAGAGGCCGAGGGGCCGAGCCGCCUGCCGCCUGCCGCUGCGACGCCUGUCGUAGUCGUAGGGCCUCGUAGGCUCCGUAGGACCCCUUCACUGACCGGACCCAAAGUGGGCAGGAGCAAAAAAAAAAAAAAAUGGCUUGUGAGGCCCCUCAGUUAUCAGCUGAUUCAUAUCCUCUAUAAAUCAAUUGGGUGCGAGUCAAAAGUCUAG